AUGAAAGUUCAAAUAUUUGUUACCAUUUUUGUGUUGUGCUCAUUCUCUGAGCUGGUUUUGUCGCAGAGUGCUGCCGAUUUGGCUGCCUAUCAGGGCCUGCAGAAGGCUUGCAUCAAGGAGCUGAAUAUACCCGAUGCGGAGGCGGCACAAAUCACAGACGGCAAGAGUGUGUCGAAUGGCUCCGAGGGAUACAAAUGUUAUCACAGUUGUCUGUACAAGAAACUGGGCCUGGUCACUGCGGAUGGCAAACCAAAUAACGAUGCCGUGAUCAAGUACACCCAGGCACGCUACAGUAAAGUGCCGGCCGACAAGGUCAAGAGCCAGUUGACCAGCUGUUUUGGCAGCACUGCAAAAAGUGCCAACAGUUGUGAAUUUAUCGGCAACUUUGAGCAGUGCGUGUCGAAGGCACUUUAGGCCUGAGGGGUGGACAAAUAGAGCCAACUGCACUUUGCAUAAAUGAUAAGCGAGUAGCAGCAGCAGCAGCAGCA